AUUUAAAAAUUUGUUCACGGAGUCACAACCGAGGUUACUAAAUCUCUCCGAAGUCCCUCGAGAACUACGGGUAUCACAAUUCUUCAAAGCCCACCGAAAAAGAAAAUAAAGCACCCAAAAUGCCUGAUAAGCCAGAAGAUAAACCCCAAGUUGCACCCGUCGUUGAGGAGGAUGAUGAGCCUGAUGAAUGGUAAAAGUGUUGAUCCCCACAACUCGGGUCUAAUCACUGAUUCAAUUUUGCAGGGAGAAACGAAUCUUUAGCACUGGAUGCGCGGGUAUGUUGAGACUUUCAAGCAACAACGGAAAAUAGAGACACGAAUGCUAAAUCGCUGCAGAGGAGAAUGCAAAGAUGACCGAUUGCUAUUACGAAAAGAAAGAUUGGAGACUGUGCAAAGCAGAGGUAUGAAAAAGCUCCUCUUAGCGUUGUAUCACGUGUUGAGUUGAUGGAGAUGGCAAGAACAUGCAUGACUGACUUUUCCCAUGAACAUGAAGCUUCAGACUUUUAAAAAUUGUUGGAGGAAACAUUCAAAUGAUCAGAGGACGUCAACGAAGGAUGCUUGAUAUGGGUUGAAGUACGGACAGGAGUAGAUUUUAUGAGUAUGGUAUGGAUCAUGUACGGAGUGUGAAGAACCACGGUUCACGAUGGCCAAAUAUAAUAUUAUUAUAGAAAUCAAAAGGCUUCUCAAGAAUAAGGAA